CAAUAAUUACGAGGCGUGUUCAAGUUGCAAGUUAAUUCCAUCAACCCCUGGCUUGUCCUGAUCGCAAGCACGUGCUGAUGGCCUGUUUCGGCCGAAAUUCAAAUUUCGAGUUCUUUUCCAGUCGACGCGAUGAUUGGCCUCAAGAGCACUCUCAAUGUGAUAGACAACUCGGGGGCUCUCAUUGUAGAAUGCGUCAAUGUCCUGAAAAACAAAGUCAACAACGGAUGGGGAUCUGUCGGUGACGAGAUCGUUUGUGUCGUCCAGAGUGCGCGGCCAGUCACUGCAGCGGCGCAGGCGUCUUUGACUGCUAUCAAAGUCCGAAGAGGAGACGUACGGCGCGCCGUUAUCGUACGCACAAGAAAACCGGUGCGACGACCAGACGGUCGGAUCGUUCGCUUCGACGACAAUGCCGCAGUCCUAUUAAACAACAAGAGGGAAAUGCUGGGAACACGUAUUGGUGGCGUCGUGAGCGCGGACCUACGGAUGAAGGGGUGGGGUAAAAUCGUCAGUCUAGCACCUAGGGUUGUGUAGUGUUCUUGUAAUGUCACAUUAUCAUUGGAUUAAACAAGAAUUGCAGGCUUCUAUGUAUAUUCCAUGAAGCAGAGGCUCGAUA